ACGUACCGCAACCAGUGUGGCAGCGCCUUAACAUCGGACCGCAGAGGCCGACUUGGUUUUGGUAAAAAAUUACGUAAAAUAUAAACAGUUUCCGAGUUUCCCGACGCACUACUUGCGGUUUCUGUUCGCGAACGAAGAUGUUUCGAUUCGCCAUCAAAACAGGAAUAGCCGGUGGGGCCAUCUAUUACAGCAAAGAGGAAGGUAUCUGGAACGAAGAUACGGAAAAGGUGUACGAGCGAUAUGCCGCUGCCCUGCAUCCCCACGUCCAGUCGCUGAAGCAGCAGAUUCCGCUGGAUAUCCCGGCCCUACCAUCAAGCGGAGAGAUGUGUUUCGUUACGAAGCACUACUAUAACGAAGGCGUCAAGAACACGAUCCAUUUCAUCCAUCGACUGCCGUGCUACGCUGGCCAGUGGGCUAAGAAGGGAUCGGAUGCGAUCAAGAAGGCCCUCGAUGCACCAGCGGCACCGGCCGGACCAGCCGCAGUCGAACCGCAAGCCAAGAAAUGAUCCUAGAUCUCCCCUUGUUUCCAUAUAAACUACCGGCGCCGUUUGUUGAAUAAAAAACGGGUGUUACUAAUGUAA